GAAGGAGAAUAAAGAGUGUCCACUCUGUAAGAGGAGACAUUCAAAGAAUAUCUUACCUCCUAACUUUGCUUUAAAGAACCUGAGUGAGAGUUUUGUGCAGGAGAGAGAUCAGAGAGCUUCAGAGGAUCUCUGCAGUCUGCACUCUGAGAAACUCAAACUCUUCUGUCUGGACCAUCAGGAGCCGGUGUGUCACAUCUGCAGAGAUUCAGAAAAACACUCUGAGCACAGAUUCAGACCCAUCGAUGAAGCUGCUGGAUAACACAAGAAGAAACUUCAGGAAACUCUGGAGCCGGUAAAGAAGAAGUUAAAAGUUUGUGAACAAGUUAAAGUGAAGUUUGAUCAAACAGCAGAACACAUUCAGGUCCAGGCCCGACACACAGAGAGGCAGAUUAAGGAGCAGUUUAAGAAGCUUCACCAGUUUCUAGAAGAGGAAGAGGAGGCCAGGCUGUGUGCACUGAGGGAGGAAGAGGAGCAGAAGAGUCAGAGGAUGAAGGAGGAGAUGGAGGCUCUGAGCAGAGAGAUAGCAGCUCUUUCACACACAGUCAGAGACACAGAGGACGAGCUGAGAGCUGAAGACGUCUCAUUCCUGAAAAACUACAAGGCUGCAGUGGAAAGAGUCCAGCAGCGCCCCCUGCUGGAGGAUCCACAGCUGCCCUCAGGAGCUCUGAUAGACCAGGCCAAACAUCUGGGCAACCUGAGCUUCAACAUCUGGAACAAGAUGAAGGACAUGGUCUCCUACAGUCCGGUCAUUCUGGACCCAAACACUGCUCGUCCAGUCCUCAUCCUGUCUGAAGAUCUGACCUGUGUGAGACGAGGAGAGGAGCAGCAGCUUCCUGAUAAUCCAGAGAGGUUUGAUUCUUUUAGCUCUGUCCUGGGCUCUGAGGGCUUUAACUCAGGGACUCACAGCUGGGACGUCCAGGUUGGAGACAAUACAUGCUGGGACCUGGGUGUGUUAGCAGAAUCUGUAAAGAGGAAAGGAGACAAACUGUCUGGAUUCUGGUUUGUAUGGUUCAAAGAUGGUAAAUACAAAGCACUCUCCUCAUCACAUCCAGUCACUGAUCUCUCAGUGAAGAAGAAGCCUCAGAGGAUCAGAGUGAAUCUGGACUUCCACACAAAUAUCUAUAAAACACUAAAGCCCCGUUUCCACCAGAACUACGUCUUUUUGAAGCACUACGUGCGUUUCCACCAGAUCUACCAGGAUCUAAAUGUAGUUCUGGGGUAG